GUGUUCAGAGCUUCUGCUCUCAGUCCAUAUACAGCUGUGCAGGAGAGAUGCUGAGGAAAAUCCCGCAGUAUCUUCAUCCAGCUGUUCCUGAGAGCUAAUUCUUUCUUCAGCCUGGAAACAUCUUGAGAAAUUAAGAUGGAAUCAUGUGCUUUAAUGGCUCUGAACGCACUGGGCUUUAAAGAACCUGAAUGACAGCCACCGGCGGUCAAAGUUAAUGAUUUAUCAGAGGGAUUGUAGCACUAAUGAAGAUGAACUUUGGGACAGUUGUGAUCUCUGCAGGUCUGUGCGGGCUGCUCAGUUUCAUCCUGCUUGCCUUGUCCAUCGGCACUGAAUACUGGUACAUUAUAGAUGUGGAUGAAGGGAAGAACUCCAGCCUGGAAUACAGCAGCUCUCACUCCGGACUCUGGAGGAUAUAUGAAGGACAGAAUGGCAGUUAUCAUGACAUCUCAUUCUACACAGACACCUCUGACCACACCGAGCAGGAGAAGCACCUUUUAAACUUGCACAGGGUCAUAGUGGUCCUGCUGCCUCUCAGCCUGGUGCUGCUGGUCUUUGGGGGGAUCUUCGGUCUGGUGGCGUCUUUGGCUCAGAGCUGCACUCUUCUCACCUGCAUCGCUGCAUACUUCCUCCUCUGCAGUCUGGUGACGAUGUCUGGUGUGAGCAUCUAUGUCAGUUACUCUCAGCAGGCAUUGGAAGAGCUGCAGCACAUGGUGGACAUUGAGUCACUGUCUCACGUCCACAUGUCCUUCGGCUGGUCUCUGGUCAUGGCCUGUCUGUCCUUUUGCCUGGAGCUGCUCACGGGGAUCCUGCUCAUGCUAGCAGCCCGUCUCAUUCGCCGUCAGUGCCAGCACGAGCCUGCUGCAGUGCUCACCGUGAGCCAGAGUUCACCACAGCUUCUGAGACUGCAGUGAUGAUGAUCAUUUCAUCUACAGCCUUAUCAAGAAAUGAGUUUGUGCUGCGUCAAAGUUAAAAUGGAGAGAGCCGGGUGGCAAAUGAGACAGCUGCAUCAAUUAUUGAAUGAGAGUGCUCAUUAGAGGAUUUGUCUGCAUCACUCGAGUGUGUCAGUGCAAUUACACGUUUUUCUCAAGGCUUCUAGAAACACAUUUUCCCGAGCUCACCAAUGUCAUGUGUCAUGAAUUUACUGUAUAUAACAUGAUGAAUCAAGCCAUUUCAGCAUCUCUACGCUAUGGAAGGUUGGGUUUCUGCCACUGAAUAAAAAAAUAAAACAAGAUAAUUGCAGCUUUUUAUCUCACAAUUCUGACUUUUUUUUCUCGUAAUUGCAAGCCAACUAUUGCAAACCUGUUUUUAAAUUACAGUGUAAAAAGCUUUACUUGUGACCACACCAAUACUUUUUCAUUUUAUACAAAUUUCAAUGCAGAUUCUGCUUACAGUAUAUACUUAAUAUACACAUAAAUCUUUUUCAUACUGAGAUUUAAUAUUAAAUUGCUUUUUUUUUUUAAAUUAAUGGUUAUUAGAAGUUUUGUUGUAAAACUGUCAUACAACUUACAGUAAC